UUAGUUAUUGGUACGGAGAAAAGCUCAUUUACGACGUCGUUUUGAAUUCCUUCACUUUCAUUACUUCCCCUGUGCGAACCCCAACUAGCUAUAGUUUACUGUUCCGCUAUCAGUGUAAGCAGCAGGUUCUAAUUUGUCUAAGUGUACCGUCAUGUGAUUACGCGAGUUGCAGUUUAGUGUGAAAUUUGAAUUAUCGAAAAUGGCGAGGUGGAAUGCAAGACAUCACCAUCAUCAACAUCAUCAUCACAGCCAGUACUGCUUGUAAACUCGAACAAGAGAUACCUGGCUUAUGUGCUGGACGGAGUAGCCUGUGAUCAGUGAUCGAGCGAGGGUGUUUGGGUGGUAGUGCUGAGGUGUGGUGGACGUGGAUCAGCUCAGUGUUGUUCAAUCCAGUAUUCAAACCGUGGGUAGUGAUCAAGAGGAGAACGGUGCAAAGAAGUGUUGUGUAGUGCCUUGUGGGGAGCAGAUUUUAGCCAAAAAAUAACGUGAAGAGUAGAAAGAAAAGCAAGCCUCAUUCACGUACCAUCAACAGAAGAACCGAAAAAAACCAACAAACGGCAACAUACACCAAACGAGAAGAGUUACGGUGAGAGCUGUGUGGUUGAACCGGCCGAAAGCAGAAAAAGUUAUUGCCAGGCAAAACUCGUCGUAAAGUCGAAGAAUUGACCACUCUAGUGAGCAUUGUUCGUUUGGACGUGCAACGAGCAGCUGCGCAUGUUUGAUUUUCGGUUGCCACACACCUGUACGCUCCAAAUUUAGGCCACCGGAACAAAAACAACAACACCGACCGGAAGUGUACACCCACGCAUCCCAAUCGGCAAUUAAAACUAUUGAGCGAUGCACCGACGAUGGCCGGACUUAAACCGAACAUCUAUGCAGUGCUUGUAACUUGUCUGGGAUUUCUGUGUCUCAUCAUCAGUGCCACGGCGGUCGGGGUACCGAUAUGGGCUUAUUACGAGAGCCGAGGAGGAGAGGAUCGAGGAUACUUUGGACCAUGGCAAAAGUGUCAGGUACUCAGUUACAGAGAACGAUGUGGUGACGUCGGUAGAUUUCAACCAUCUGGAGUGGUCUUUACCAGCGGUUUGAUGGCUGUUGCAUCGUGUGGAUUGUUUGGAAUUUACUGCGUUCUCAGUAUCCUACAAAUGGCAAUGAUUUCAUCGCGUGAUCAAAUCUGCAUGAAAUAUACCGGUCUAAUUACGCUCAAACUGAUACUGGUUGUCCUAGGGACGUUUCUGUCGUUGGCGGCAGCUGGUCUGUUUGCCCUACAGACCGACGAUGACCGGUCCGGUUACCACAUCACUCGAGGGAUUUCAUUCUACUUGCAGAUAGUAACAGUAGCUUUGUCGCUAGCGUUACUCGUUCUAUCGCUGUAUGACAAGAUUCUAUCGAAUAAGCCCGAUGGAGAUCCAACGAUGUUACCCACAACGAACGGGUCAACUACGUACAAUAAUCCCGGAUUUCGGGAUACGAAUGGCAUCGCAGUAACCGAUUCUAGCGGUCGGCCCUACUCCAGCAUCAAUGGCAGCGUCCAAUCGAUGAACACGACUGUGACGACCAUGUCGAAUGGGUCAACAAUCGGUUCUGCUUCAGUUACCAGGACACCGCUUCGGUCCAGCCUGAAGAAACCGCGACCGCAAAAUGCGGAUGGUUUAGGUAUCCGCAAUCCGGGCUACUCCGAGAACGGUACCGUUAAAAAGGUUCGCAUUCAAACGCACAGCACCGAGGUUUGAACGGAAGAAAGAGAGAGAGAGAUACAGAGAUCAAGUGCAUUAUUAUGCUUUUCCGUAUUGAAUGAUCAUGAAGUCCGUCCAUAUUGAAUGAGCCGUUGUUUCUAAUUUUAUGCAAGGUAUUUGUUUUUUUACCAAGAAUAUUUUAUUUUUUAAUUUGUAAGAAAAAAAUGUGAACAAUCUCGUAACUGAUCUUACUUAAGCUGAAAGUGGAAAUCAAUAGAUCUGAUUUAAGUGUUAUUUAGUCGUAGUCAGUUGAAAACUCUUCUGUUAAGAUCGUCACUUGAAAAGUACUGAUUGUAAAUAGCACAAAAAUUGAAAAAAAAAUGAAAAUACGUACUAAAAAUGAAGAGAACAAACGACAACUAUGAACAAGACAUUCGUUGUAGAAUAAUUAGCAGGAUUUGCCAAUAUAUUUAUAAAUAAACGACCAUUGAUGUGGAAAAUAAAGUGCACUUCAACGUUGCCUUAGCACACAUCGCAAUGGAAAUUACUUAUAUGAAUUAUGUCAUAUACAGUUUGAAAAAAAAAUUGAGUUACAGUUUGAAAAAAAUCAGAUGCGAAGAGAGCGUGAAACAACCAAGACCUGAUGAUAUUGGACCUAAGUAAGAAGCAGAUUUGAAAUAUUUGCAUAUCAAUAGUAGAUAUUGCUCUUCAAUCAAAAAAGUGAAUAGGUUAGUUACAUAUAUUACAUUCAGCAUUCUCAGUUUAGUCGUAUAGUCUUCCUUUGUCUGAAAAUUUGUGUUAAAAAUACAGUACUUCUUUCAAUUUGAA